AUGCUUCUUUUCUGGUUUGCCCUAAUUGGCAUUUGCUCUUCGAUUCCAACUCAACUGAAAGAAGACACCCCUAUCUCAGUUCCGCCUUGUCCUUCUGGAUCCAGACCGCUUUUAAGGCCUGAUGGACAACCGAGAAAAUGUUUACCUCAUCAGAAUUCUCUUUGCAUCAACGCCCUUCCUGAUAAGCCUAACGCCGAUACGGUAUGCUGCUACCACAAUCAGGUCGAUUAUUAUUGCUGCCUAGAUACUACUGAACAGCAAUGUCCUGAUUAUCAUCAAGUAACCGUUGUAAUUCACAACUCUUUCCCACAGAACCCAUUCGCAUUGAAAUCGUUUUUCUUUAAACAAGGAAUCGAGGAUGACAUUAUCGACGCAACUUUUGGACGAGGAGACGAAGGGCUUGAAAACGAAGGAGGAAUUCUCGUGAGACAUCAAACGAAUGAAAUCACAAAGCAGUAA